CCGGAAGUGGGUUGAUGUUGAUAGAAAGUUUGUGGACAUGAGAGAUUUAAUUUUAGCUAGUUUGUGUCUAGUUUCAAAGGAAUCUUGACAGUUGAAAUAGAUUAGAUGAUAAGGCCUUGAAAAAUGGCAUUUACUAGUUCCCAAGGGAUUGAAGGAAAAUCCCUCAACUACCAACAGAGAGGUACAAAUAAUUCCCCAGUGCCACAGUUAAACCCUCCACCACCAAUACCUCAAAGAUCAAGAAGAUCCGAUCCUCCUUCGAUGGGAUGGAAUAUACCUGAUUUCUCAGACACAAGAACAAAUUCUACAGUGGAACAAAAUUUCAUGAAUCCAGCAUCUGAUCCAUUUGGAAAUUCUUUUGAAAAUAAUUUCAUGGGAAAUGUUUCAAUGCAGAAUAAUACAAGUUCCACAGGAACUAACAUACCUAGAAACAAUAGUCCUUUAUCAUUGACAAUGCCUGAUCCUAGUUCUAAAGUCAGAGACUCUUUGAUAGCUCUAUCCCCAGACAAACCCACAGUUACACACCAAAAGGACUUUAGUCAGACUAAGUAUAGCAUGGAUUUACAAGGGCUGUCUUUUGACCAUUCAGAAAGCAAUGAAAAUGUUAAUAAAAUAUCAUCAAGUUCUUCAUCUGAAAACUUGUCUUCCAAUUCAAACAACCCGGCAUAUCCAGAUAUUAGUCAUGCAUUUAGAGAAGUAAGAAGAGAACCAACAAGACCUGAUUAUAGUGUUAGAUUACCGACCCCCUGGCAGACCUCUGGACAUACAGGAAGUUAUGGCUGGAAUCAAGACCUUUUUACUCCAAACUUUAAUAAUGCAUCUAAUGAUCCAUGGGCUGUGAAUAGUGCUACAAAUGUGACUGCUUCUGGACCCCCAUUACCCCCUAGAAAAAGUGUUUCAAAUGUCCCAAAUAUUUAUCCUACAAAUUUACAAAUUGGACAUGGACUGGUUCAGGUGCUCCCUAUGCAUCCACCAGCUCCAAAUUUACAAAAUUCUGGAAAUCAGGCUGUCAUGGCGGGUAAAUUUCAACAUCAGUUUUCUCAACCACAGCCUUAUAAUCCUACACCAAACAUUAGUUCUACAAUUAAUGCAAACAGACCCGCUAGUAUGCAUGGUACUGAUGCAUGGUUGAAAAACAGACUUAAUGUGCCUCAAACAGGUCUUCAUAGAACUGCUAGUGCUAGUGAGUUUGAUGACAUAAGGGGAGAUAAAAAACAAACUGAAUCUGAAGUUUUUCAGGACAACUUUCAUAAUCGUGAUUUUGUGGACGAUGCGCUACCACGUAGUCGUAAAGGAAGUGAUUUGAUUGAAUUGUCUGACGAAGAAAGAGAUGACGUUGAAAAAGAAUAUUUGUCUUUAGAAUCUUUUGAUCCAUUGUAUAGAAGACAAAGAAGUGAGUCUGUCAGUUCAAGAGAAGGUGUAUUGACGGGAUCGCCAAAAGGUGGAUUUCCCUCUUUUGUGUUCGCAGAGGCAACAGAGGUGAAGCCUGUCAACAGAGGUCUUAAGGACAGUGGAUAUGGUUCAUCAUUAUAUCCACAAAUUCCAGAUGAGGAUGAUGAGAAGGGAGUUUGUCCAAUGGCCAGCCAUGAUGAGCUAGAGAUAUUUCUCAGGAGUGAGGUACCAGUUGCAGAAGAAACAGAACAAAAAGCACCUCCUCGGCCACCCCCUCCUAAAUCACAGGAUAAAUCAUUUGAGAGGCUGAGGCAGCAUAUGUUUGUAGAUGACGAGUCCAAUGCAUUCUGUCAGAUGGUUGUUGAAUUGAAAUCACGGUACAAGUCAACAGACACAAAAACCAACCUAGGAUUUAUAGUCAGUCCGCUCUGUACUAAACAACAGUGUUCCAUGUCUGUUAAAAUUAUAGUGUACUCUGACUUUGUUACUGAGCCAGUUGUGUUUACAUGUGAAGUUGAAAAUCCAACAGAAAUGGUGAUUAGCCAUGUAUUAUAUAGUUCCUUAGGAGCAUCCCAGAAAGAUUUAAACACAUCUGACUUUUUACUAAAGGUUUAUGACAGAUCAGAAUAUCUUCUCAAUAAGUUUCCAUUGUGUCGAUAUGAAUAUGUCCAUAACUGCUUGAAGCUUGAUGAAGAUAUUAAGUUUACGCUAAUGAGGAGACAGGAAGUCUUAUUACCAUUUCUUAGAACAAUUGAUGAUGAUAGCCAAUGUUUGUAUUUUCCUAAAGAGUAUGUGAAAACAGAUGAAAUGAUUGCCAACAAGGAACAGAUGGAGAUUCUGCUGAAUGCAUUUUAUGUUGAAGUAGAGAAGUUGAGAGAUCAUAUCUUAAAGAAUGAAACAGCACUAAUCAGGUCUCAGCAGUUAAGCCAAGCUGUGAAGGCCAUAUGUUUGACUUUAUGUAAGAUAGAAACUAUGGACAUAACAAAAACACUACAGAGAGUAGAAAAUAUUGUAGCACAGCUCACAGGUCAAGAAAGUCAAGUUUUGUGUAAGGAUACCGAAGACUAUGCCACACAACAAGCCAUUGGGUAUCUUAAACAUGGUAUGGCAAUUAAAUGUUCAUUGAUAGAAGAAAUGGAAGAGGCUUUAGAUCAGCUUUUGAAGGCUGUGAAAGAAUUUAUUAGAAUGUACUGCAUAACAUUCCAUACAGAUUUUCUUAUUGGUUCUACUGUCAAGGCAGACUGGGGCAGCAAAUCAGUAACCACUGUUGAAGAUAAUUUUAUAUUACAUAUAGCAACAGUACACAGAAUUCCUCCAUACUGGUCUACUAAAUAUGAUGAAUAUAAAGUUGUAUGUUCUUUGUACUAUGCUAACAAGAAGAUUGAACUGGACAGAAUGACAAGUUUUAAAGCCAUCAGUAGUACUGGCCUGUGUGAUAGAAUAAUGUGGGAUGAAUGGAUAAAUUUUGAAAAUGUGAUAUUAAUGACCUUGCCAAGGGAGACAAGACUAUGUCUGACUUUGUAUGGUCAGAAAUCUGUAGCGCCUGGUAACAACAGUCCUGCUAAUGUUACUGAUAAAUUACAAACUGUUCUGGGUGGAGUCACUAUACAACUUUACUCACAGAAGGAAGAGUUGAUACGAGGGAGUCACCUAGUUCCAUUAAGAAUGCAUGCAGCGGCUGAUCCAUUGUUACCUGUUGGUUCUGUCAUACAGAAUGAUGCUGUAUUAAUGCAGAUAAAUUUUCCAGAUUUUGGUUGUCAUGUUGAAUUUCCUACAGUAAUGACAUCUAAAAUUUCACAAAAGAGAAGUUUUAAUUCACUAUUAUCAGAAAUCCAAGAAGUUAUUAAAACUGUGAUGGAGAAAGAUUGUAUUUCAUCAUGCCAGGCAGAUGAGUUGGGAAUUUUGUGGCAAUACAGACAUUAUUUAUAUGACAAUCCAAAUCUGUUACCAUGGAUACUACAGGGACAGAUAAACUGGGAUUUUUCACAUUUAUCAGAAAUAUAUGAUUUGCUAGGACUUUGGAAGAAGUUAGAUCCCAUGCAGUCAUUGGAGCUAUUACUUCCUCAAUAUUCAGACACACAUGUGAGAGAGUUUGCAUGUAGAUGCUUGCAAGAUAUGCCUACUGAUGAACUCAUUGAUUUUCUUCCUCAACUUAUACAGGCAUUGAAGUUUGAAAGUUACCAUGGAUCAGCAUUAGCUAAACUGUUACUUGAGCAAUCCUGUAAAAGUAUUCGAUUUGCUCAUCAGCUCUUUUGGUUGUUAAAAGGUGCUGCUCAAGACCAGGGAUAUAAAAGACGAUAUGAGUUAAUGUUUGUUGCACUGGUCAGUGUGGCCGGUGAUGCACUGUAUCAGGAGUUUAAAAAACAGGAAGAAAUGGUCAAAUAUCUGACACAAACAUCGGAAAGAGUUCAAGUGGCUAAAGACAAGGAUAAUACACUGAAGAGAGAGUUACAAACUGUAUAUGAGUUAUUCCAUGACAAAGGAGACGUAUUAAUGCCAUACAACCCUGGUAUAUCUGUUUGUGGCCUUGAUCUGAAAUCAUGUUCAUAUUUUACUUCAAAUGCCGUUCCAUUAAAACUUGUGUUUAAGAAUUCCAAGCAGCAUGCUGAUCCUGUAUACUCUAUGUUUAAGGUUGGUGAUGAUUUACGACAGGACAUGUUAACACUACAGAUGAUAAGAAUUAUGGACAGAUUGUGGUUAAAACAAGGACUAGAUCUGAAAAUGAUUACGUUUUCUUGUCUUGCUACAGGACCUAAGAAGGGCAUGGUGGAAAUAGUAACAGAAUCUGACACGUUACGCAAAAUACAAGUAUCCUCUGGGGUCACAGGGUCAUUUAAAGAUCGACCAAUCAAAGAGUGGUUACAGAAACAUAAUCCAACAGAAUUAGAAUAUCAGAAGGCGGUAGAAAAUUUCACUAGAUCAUGUGCAGGUUACUGUGUAGCUACGUAUGUACUUGGAAUCUGUGAUCGACACAAUGACAAUAUCAUGUUAAAACAGUCGGGUCACAUGUUUCAUAUCGACUUCAACAAAUUCCUUGGUGAUGCUCAAAUGUUUGGAAAUAUCAAAAGAGACAGAGUGCCUUUUGUUCUGACAUCUGAUAUGGCCUAUGUUAUCAACAAUGGUGAAAAACAGAACAAUAAAUUCCAGGAGUUUGUUGAUAUGUGUUGUCAAGCUUUUAAUAUCCUCAGAAAAAAUACUAAUCUGUUUCUUAAUUUGUUUGCUCUUUUAUCCAAGUCUGGUAUCCCAGGUAUCCAUAAGGAUGCAGCUAGAUAUAUACAGAGAGUACUGUUACCUGGUCAGACCUCAGUUCAGGCCUCGGCUAUAUUUACUAGAAUGAUAGAAGAGAGUCUGAAGUCUGUGUUUGUCCAGUUUAAUUUCUUUAUACACAACCUAGCUCAACUCAAGUUUUCCAGUCAUCAGGAAGGUGCUCUGUUAUCAUUUGUUCCUAAAACUUACAGUUUAAACACAGAUGGUAAAAUAAGUAAAGUUGAAGUCCAUAGUUACCAGAAACGGUAUACUCCAGAAAGACAUUAUAUAUUUAUCCUGAGAGUGGAGAGGGAGAAUCAGAAAGUGCCAAGCUAUGUCUUCCGUCAUUUUUCAGAAUUUGUAGAAUUUAGAAAUAAACUGAUGGAGAUGUUCCCAUUGAUACCAUGGCCACAUCUAUCUAGCAAAGUAAUUUGGGGAAGAUCUCACAUUAAAGCUGUAGCAGAAAUAAGGAAAAAAGAAAUUGAAAACUUUUUACAAGAGCUAUGGAUAAAGGCGGCAGAAAUAUCUGAGAGUGAUAUUGUUUAUACAUUCUUCCAUCCAUUGCUGAGAGAUGAACAAGAGGCUCAGAAAGAAAAUCUGGGGAUUCAGAAAUUCAGAGAGCAGCCACUACCUUCACCUAAAGAAGUUCAAGUCCAGUUAGUCCCUCAAGGCUCCCCAUUUGGCCAAGUGAAGUUGUCACUUGAAUACAAAAAGAGCACUUUGAUGAUAAUGGUGAUGCAUGCAAAAGACUUGCCUGGUGGUUCUACCUUGCCUAGUCCCUAUGUGAAAAUUUACCUUCUACCAGAUCCAGAUAAACAAACAAAAAGGAAAACUAAAAUCGUAAAAGACACGACACAUCCUACAUAUAAUGAAGUUAUUGAAUAUAAAAUGUCUGAUAGUGAUAUGCGUAUGAAGACUUUACAAGUUAGUGUAUGGGACCAUGAUAGGUUGGGAGAAAACAAUCUAAUAGGUGCUGUGUAUAUCAAGUUACGGAAUGUUAAUCUUGAUGGUGAUAAUGUGCAAUGGUAUAAUUUGGACAGAAUACAAAUAACUGAUGCUUCCAUGUUGGCAUGACGACAGUUCAUCCUGAUCUUUGUAAUGUUUUGUUGCAGAAUUAAGAUGAUGAUUCCAUUCUCCUCAAUUUAUAAUCUGGAUUUGUCCAUAGAAUUUGUAAACUAUACAUAUAUAUAGUAAUUGGCUACCAGUUAUUUUGUAUCUUUUAUGGUUGAGUAAAAUCUCCUCUUUGAAUUUUAAGAUGUAAAUCAAAUAGAAGAUUCAACGAUUAGAAAAUUAAAUGGUGCUUCCAUAUUGCCAUGACAACAACUCAUAUGGGUCAAAAAUUGCAAUGUUUGGUUGCAAAAUUCAGUCAUAAUUUAUUUUAAUCUUCUUUAAUAAAAAUUAAUUUGCAUUCAUAUAUCAAAUUCCGUAAUUCUGUUUACAAGAUAAAGUUGGCAUCGAAAAUUUUUCCAGCUGACUUAUUUCGGCUUAGGGAUCAUAAACACAUUUGAACAGAAGGGAAAAACUUUGAUCACUCGUAUCUUGGUAAUAAAAAAUAUCAUAUCUUUUUAUUUGCUAUGGCAACAUUAUGUGGCAGUUUUUGUUGUUUAUAUUUACACCAUAACAAUGUAGUAUUUUUAACUAGCAAGUUAUUUAAAAAUAUGGAUGCACAAGUUUGUCUUAUACUGUAUAUUCAGAAAUUAUUGCGGCAUUUAUUAUUGCAAUUUUUGAAGAAAGGACAAAAGUGUGAGAUUAAUUAUUGCAAUUUCAGGAAAAGCUGCAUACAGAUAUAUGUAUUAGAUAUUAGAAUGCAAAAUUUUACUAUUGCAGUACUCACCUAAUCGCAUUAUUUGCAUUAAUAAAAACCUCGCAAUAAUUACAGAAUUUACAAUAUGCCAUGACUUACAACUAACAAAUGCAUUAUUAUUCAUAGGAAUUUAUUGAAUAAAAGCGUUUUUUAGACGGUAUACAUGUAUUUCUGUGAUAUUUAUAAUCUACAAAAAGUUCAAAUGGCAAGUUAUUUGGUAUGAAAUAUUUACAGCAAGGUUUGAAAAUAGAACUUUUUUUCUUUUUUCGUGUAAAACUUUUGACAAGUCCAAAAUAUUGCUUUCUGGGUAAAACAAUAUAUAUAUAUAUAAAAAAGAAGAUGUGGUAUUAUGGCCAAUGAGACAACUCUCCACAAGAGACCAAAUGACACAGAAAUUAACAACUAUAGGUCACCGUACGGCCUUCAACAAUGAGCAAAGCCCAUACCGCACAGUUAGCUAUAAAAGGCCCUGGAAUGACAAUGUAAAACAAUUCAAACGAUUCAGUUCAGUUUAAAUAUCAUAUGUUUGUCUGAAAAUAAUCCUUAAAUCAAUUUUUAUAAAUGGUCUUGAAAUUACAUUAUCUUACUGCAGAUUCAUUUAUUGUUGGGGGUACCCCUUUUCAUAGAUUGCGGAAAUUUUUUAUUUUUGUGGAUAUUUGAUUUCAUGGUUUUGUUUGCAUUCAAGCUUAUUGAAAAAAUUUUACUUCUUUGAUCUUUCAAAUUUGUACAUCAACUUUAUCCACUAAACCCAAGAAAAUAAGAAUUCCGCAAAUAAUAAUUUUAUGCGACUGCAUAUUGCUGCUUGCACACAAGUUUCAGCAUAACAAUCUAUUAUGUAUAAUGGAACUUUAAUUAGAUUUCUAUCAGAGCAUUUAUAAGUGGACAUAUCUCCAUAUGAUUUGAUGUUUUAAUGUAAUGAAAUUAUUGCAAAGACAAUAUGUUCUAUGUAUUUAAAUUUUAAAACUUAUUUCAAGCAUUUGCUUGUAUAUUGUAUGCAUUUUAUAUAAUACCAUAAUUUUUUUAUUUAUUAAUAUAUUGAUAUUGAAUUGAGUAAUAUACAACUUAUAAUAUGUAAAGCAGAUUUGAUUGCAUGGAAAUGAGUAAUUGAGAAUCAGUUAUUAAAUUUGUCUUUUUUUUAUAGUAAAGAUUUGACCCUGAAAAUCAUAAAUGUCUUAGGAUUUAUCAAGAUAGAUAAAUAUUUGAUCAAUUUGCAAGAUACAGUUUUUGUCCAAAACUAAUCAAAUACAACGUAUGAUAGAACCCCAAACAUUAUAGUCUAUAUUAGAACAGAGGUGGUUUCAGCCGGGGCCUUUAGGGAUUAUUUGCAGCUUAAAAUUAUUUUUUUUAAUGAGUAAAUAUUGCCAGUUAUAACUAUUUGGAGCUAGUAAGGUAUAAAAAACAGACAUAAUAUGCUUAUUUUAAACUAGAAUAGCCAACUGGUACUAGGAUAUGGGUUGUCACUUGAGAUUAUUAACUGGUAUUACUUUACUCAUAUGACAUGACCAGUUGUCUUCCAUGGCUACGUUGAGACAUUCUAUAGAAGAAUUGGUAUAUAGUGAUACUGUAUUUUAAUCAUCGCAUUUGAAUUUCUUUUCUUAAAUGAAAUGUUGAAUUAGGUACGCAGUAUUCAAAGUUAAUUAUGCCAUUUUUAAUGAGGUCAAGUUUAUUAAUUAAUACUUAUAAAUUUUAAGCAGGUGAUGCUAGAACACAUGUGGAAUGGCUUCCUAUUGAAUUUUUGUCCCCUGCGUAAUGCGUUGCGGGGGACAUGGAAAUACCGGGCGUCUGUCAGUGAGUCCGUCCAUCUGUCCCUUCUUGUUAGUGCUCUCACGGGUACAAUUCUUGCCAGAUUUUUAUAAAACUUAUACUAUAAGUUAAUAUCAGCAAUAUCUCGGACAAGUUUUAUCAUGGUGGCCGAUCGACUUUUUAAAAAAAGAGUUAUGCCCCUUGGAAAUAUUAAAUUUAUGGAAAAUGGCCUCAUUAGCGCUCUCACGGGUACAAUUCAUGCCAGAUUUUUAUAAAACUUAUACUAUAUGUUAAUAUCAGCAAUAUCUGGGACAUGUUCUUUAAUGGUGGAGGAUCGACGUUUUUAACUCACCUGGCCCAAAGGGCCAAGUGUGCUUUUCUCAUCACUUGGCGUCCGGCGUCCGUUGUCGUCGUCCGUCGUUGUUAGCUUUUUACAAAAAUCUUCUCCUCUGAAACCACUGGGCCAAAUUUAACCAAACUUGGCCACAAUCAUCAUUAGGGUAUCUAGUUUUAAAAAUGUGUCCGAUGACCCCGCCAACCAACCAAGAUGGCCGCCAUAGCUAAAAAUAGAACAUAGGGGUAAAAUGUAGAUUUUGGCUUAUAUCUCUGAAACCAAAGCAUUUAGAGUAAAUCUGACAUAGGGUAAAACUGAUUAUCAGGUCAAGAUCUAUCUGCCUUGAAAUUUUGAGACAAAUCUGACAACCUGUUGUUGGGUUGCUGCCCCUGAAUUGGUAAUUUUAAAGAAAUUUUGCAGUUUUUGGUUAUUAUCUUGAAUAUUAUUAUAGAUAGAGAUAAACUGUAAACAGCAAUAAUGUUCAGCAAAGUAAGAUCUACAAAUAAGUUGUCAUGACCAAAAUUGUCAGUCCACCCCUUUAGGAGUUAUUGCCCUUAAUAGUCAAUUUUUUAACAGUUUUUCGUAAAUUUUUGUAAUCUUUUACAAAAAUCUUCUUCUCUGAAACUACUGAGACAAAUUCAACCAUACUUGGCCAUAAUCAUUAUUAGGGUAUCUAGUUUAAAAAAUUUGUCCGAUGACCACGCCUUCCAACCAUCAUGGCUGACUUGGUUAAAAAUAGAACAUAGGGGUAAAAUGCAGUUUUUGAAUUAUAUCUCUGAAACUGAAGCAUUUAGAGCAAAUCUGACGGGUGGCAAAAAUGUUCAUCAGAUUUAGAUUUAUCUGCCCUGAAAUUUUCAGACGAAUCCGACGACGUGUUGUUGGAUUGCUGCCCCUGAGUUAGUAAUUUUACAAAAAUUUUGCAGUUUUUAAAUUUUUGUUAUUAUCUUAGAUAUCUUUAUAAUAUCUAAUAUCUAAUACUAUUAAUUAUGAUUUUAAUCUUAUUUUACAUGAUUUCCAAAGCAUCAGUAAAUACAGGUGAGCGACACAGGCUCUUGAGAGCCUCUAGUUUAAGAGUUAUGCCCCUUGGAAAUAUCAAAACUAUUGGUCUAACUAUACCUUAGUAAUCCACAGAAGUUAGUAUCUAAGUACUAUAAAUUCAGAAAUGAUUGCAUAUAUUUAUCCUUGCAAUUUUUCAUAAUGGACAAAAAUGUGCGAUAAGUUAUUGCGAUUUCAUGGAAAACUGGCAUACAGAUAUAUGUAUCAGAAAUCAGAAUGUGAGUUCUUAUUAUUGUGAUACUCACCCAGUCACAUUAUUCACAUUAAUGAUAACCCAGCAAUAAUUUCUGAAUUUACAGUUAUUUAAAAUAUUUCAUUUUUUUGCCUUUUGUAUUGAAUAAAUAUCUAACCUAGUCAAGUAUUAAGUGAUCGUGUGUUGUGCAAUAUUUAGUCUGUAAAUACUAAAUAUAUAUUUUUGUACAGAUUUGCAGGAAAAACAUGGCUUCUGUUGAGCAGAUUGAGCAUCCAUUUUUGCUUACAUUAUAAUUUUAAGAAUUGAUUGAUGUAAUUUAAUGAUCAUAUGUUUUUUUAUUGAUUGUGAUUUUUGUGGUUGCAGAAGACAUCUGGCCUUGCAAUCAUAAAAAUUUCGAGCACGAUUAUCGUACUUAGACUCAGAAAUCAACCAAUCAAAAUGCUGGAAUUGGUGUUUCAAACACAAAUUUUAUACUCCGAGUACUGAGUAAAGUUUUAUGACCGAGAGCCCAGGCCAUGUGGUCAUAAAACUUUAGAGCAUAAUUAUCGUACACAGACUCAGAAAUCAACCUAUCAACAUACUGGAAUUGGUGUCCAGCACGAAUUUUGUACUUUAAGUAAUUUGUUAAGUUUUAUGACUGAAAGGUCUGACCUUAUUGUUAAUGUCAUUACAUAUAGUGUAAAGGUACACAUGUUCAGAAUAAAAAAUGAUUUUAGAAAACAAUUGCAGCAAAUUUUUUGAUAUCUGAAUGGAUAAUUAACUAGGACUUGAAAAAAAUUGAACUAACUAAAAUUUAUUGCUCAUUGCCCAGUAUUCAGCACUUAGGUGUUGACAUGAAUUAUCAUUGAUAUGAUCAUAGUUUUAAAUUAACUGUUUUUAAAACUUUGAAUUUUUCAAAAUACUAAGGCUUUUUUACCUCAGGAAUAGAUUACCCUAGCUGUGUUUGUCAAAACCUUUCAGAUGUUUUGGUUCUCAAUGCUCUUCAACUUCAUACUUAAUUUGGCCCUUUUCACUUGUUUUAUUCGAGGGUCACUGAUGAGUCUUUUUUAGAAGAAACGCAUGUCUGAUGUAUCAAAUUUGAAUCCUUGUAGCAAUUUUCCAGAGAUAAUGGGACACAUUUUGGAAAACAGCAAAAUUUGUCAAAACUUUUGAUAGCAGAACAAAAACUGAAUACUCCUUCUAAGAGAUAUGAAUAUGUAUAGUUCAUUAUAUGGAAACAUUGGAUGUAAUUAAAGGAUCUUAGUCCCAAAGGGGUUUAGUAUUUAAUAUCAAAUAUAUUUCAGUUUUUAGUGCAAUUUUUUAUUAUUUUUUCUAUUUUGAUGCUGUGAAUUAUGUCUGACUGUGUCAGCCAAUAUUAUGUAUAGAGUUGAUCUAAGGUUAUGGAAAAUUCUGAAAUUAUUUCAUGUUAACUUUAUAAUUGUUAUUGCCAAAAAAAAAAGAGAUCAAAAUGCUUAAAAUUAUUGCGAUAUUUAAAGAAUUCUGCAUGAAAGAAGUAGCGCUGUUUAAAUUGAAAUGCAAGUUAUUAUUAUGGUAACAAUGAGAUAAUUUCUGAAUUUUAAGUAUGUUGCAUUGUCAGUAACUUAUCAAAGAAUUUGUUUUAAGUUUUUUUUUGCGAAAAGCUGCUUUUGAGUGCAGGGUAGCAUUAGUAGACAUUUUUAUAUAAAAUAACGAAAUGGUAAAAUAUAGGCAAAAUAUAUACAUAUUAAUUCCAGUUUUUUAUCAUUAGGACUAUUCCAUUUAAACAGAUGAGGGUAGGUAGGAAAGGACGGACUUAUAAAAAAAAUACAACCAAAGUCCUAAAUGAGAAUUGUGGAUAUAACAAAAUGGAUAUCCAUUUACCUUUAGUCUAUGGUGGAAAAUUGUCUCAUUGGCAAUUAUACCACAUCUCCUUUUUUAUACAAUUUCAAUUGACCAAUGACCCUUGUUCUAAAAUGAAACUUCCUAUCCUACCUUCCCACAUCUAUAUUAAUGGAAUAGUCCAUAUAAACUUGUACAUAAUUAGAUGUAUACUCCUUACAUUAUGUGAUUUUAAAUUUUUUAAACUUUUCAAAUCUAUUUUAACUGUGAUAUGUGAAUAUGGAUGUUUAUAUAAUAUAAUUAUCAUAAUAAACAUGAUCUUAUUAAAAUAAA